GAGUCUAGUAGGUGGCAGUAAUGCAACGUUUAUUGGAUGCCAACCGCGGUUAAACCUAAUCGAAGAAGAAGUAGCAGCUAGGCUUCAGGGAAUCACUACGUUUCAUAGUGAAGGAGGCUUACUGAUUUCACAUCAAAAUGAUGACAUUUCUACCUAAACUGCUUUUGCUAGUAUUACUAGCUUUCCCGGCAACGAUUAUCAUGAAAGGGCCAUUGGUGGCAGCCCAGGAUGCUACUGAGGACGAGGAGGCGGCUGAUGAAGAUGCUGUGGAUGAUGUUGACGUGAACGCAGAGGAUGAGGAUGACGAGGCCGAAGUUGAAGAUGAUGAAAAUACGGAAUUGACAGAAGAAAAAGAGGAAGAGGAGGAGGAAGCCGUAGGAGGAGAUGUGAAAGCCUCCCCCAAUGCUGACACCACCAUCCUCUUCGUCAAGGGAGAUGACUUCCCAGCUAACGACAUUGUGAAGUUCCUGAUGGGCUUCACCAACAAAGGCAGCGACAACUUUGUGGUGGAGUCGCUGGACGCAUCUUUCCGCUACCCGCAGGACUUCCAGUUUUACAUCCAGAACUUCACAGCCCUGCAGCUGGGCAUAGUGGUGCCUGCCGGGCGCCAGGCCACAUUUGAGUACUCUUUCAUCCCUGCCGAGCCCAUGGGCGGGCGCCCCUUCGGCCUGGUUAUCAACCUCAACUACAAGGACAGCAACGGUAACUUGUUCCAGGAUGCUGUGUUCAACCAGACAGUGACCAUCACCGAGAGAGAGGACGGACUGGAUGGAGAGACGAUCUUCAUGUAUGUGUUCCUGUCUGGUUUGGGUCUGCUGGUGGUGGUAGGCCUUCAUCAGCUGCUAGAGUCCAGAAAGAGGAGGCGGCCAGCUGCCAAGGUGGAGAUGGGCACUUCUAGCCACAACGAUGUGGACAUGAGCUGGAUUCCCCAGGAGACCCUUAACCAGAUCAUGCAGAGUCGGCGAGACAAGGCUUCCCCCAGACGAUCUCCCCGCAAGCGGACACAGAAGCGCUCUGCUGGUUCGGACGAGUGAUGGGCCCCCACCGCCCAGUUCUGCCAGUCGCGCCUGACGCAGCCAUAGCGCCAACCUUGUCAGCCAGGGAGAGGCAACAGCCAUCUCUCACCACAAAAUCUCUUCACAAGAGGCCGGUUUCUACCGCUAAACUAGACAAUAAAUACCAAACGGACCCAUUUUUAUUUUUAUUUUGUUGAGGCGUUAUCACAGGUAUUGUGGUGAAGAAAUGGUUUUGAGUAAGUUUUUGUGAAGAUUAAAGUCUUGAAAAAUGGAGGGGAUAUUAGAGCUAGGGAAAUGAUAGUGGGGGAUGAUAUACCAUGUUUUUUUUCUUUUAGGUAAUUUUUCGGUUGUGACUGUCUUUCAUUUUUUUACCUGUGGAUAUCUUUUUGAGGCAGAAUAGUUUGUUUUUGGUAUUCCGGAGAGCCAUGAUUACACACACCUGGUCUGUAAAAAAAAUAUAUAUAUAAUGUUUUGCACUGGUUAAUAUCUACACAUUUGUGUUUCUGUCACAUUGUUCUCUGCUGCUUCGUGGCACAGAGGAUGGCCGGCUUCGAAUCUUGUCAUUUGAAGUGCACUGCAAUGUUUGGCCAUCUUUCACGGCUUGGAUGAUUCGGUGAAGACAUGAGGACACAUUUGUCCUCAAUGUGCCUGUAAAAAAAAAAACUUUAAAAAACAAACAUGUUUUGUGUCAUUUACUGUAAAUUUGCAUUCUUUAUAUUCCAAGGCUUGAUUUAUUUCAUCUACACCUAUGAAUUAAGUAUUUAAUUUUUUAAUCUGAGGAUCUGAAUACAGCACGUGUGUGUGUGUGUGUGUGUGUGUAUACUGAUGAGUGCCCUGCAAAGCUAAUUUACCAUCUUUCUGUUGUGUGAUUCAUGGAGCUUUUUAAUGACCAUUUGAGAAUAGAUGGAUCCCAAAUAAUUUUUUCCCCCUCUGCAUAUGAACUUGUAAUGAAAACAUAUUGUAGCAACAACAAAAGAAUUUUUUUUACAGCGCAGUAUGAAUGUGUUCAUUUUGGACACUGGUGCAGCUUGAUGUAGAAAACAGAAAAUUAAAGUGGAGAUGUAUGUG